AUGGCAAACUUUAUGCCGGUAGAUGUAAUUGAGAUUGUAACAGGUUGUACGAAGGAUGGGGAUAAAGAUAGAAAGAACGGAUGGUUACUCUUAUGGAGUAAGACUUACAUCAAGCCAUCAUGA